UAUCAGUCUAUUUAUCUCUUGUAAAAAUAAAAGUAUAAAGAAAAGUAAGGACAAGGUUAAAAAAAAAAAGAAGCUUAACGCUGAGAACAAAGUGAUUUAGCUUAAGACCUAUCAGAAAUACUCAGGGAUGAGGGCACAUAGAAGCUAGAUACACAUUUAUUUGUGUAUUAAGGUCUCGGCAGUCAAAAUGCUUAGUUGCCAGCAACAUCGGGCUGUGAAAAAUAAGUACUUGAUGAAUCUAUAAGAUGACAGGUUGUAUCAGAUUUUAUGUGCAUUUUUCAUCAUUGCUUACAUGGUUCAUGGAUAAGUGUAUGAAAAACAAUUUCUCUGGGUAGAAAAUAUUCAAUCAUGUAACAAGAAAGUGAUAAGAUUUUGUUGCUGUGGUCAUUAUAAAGAACCAAUCAGAAAAAGUUGAGUGAUAGGGAAUGUCUUUUCGAGCAUGAAUCCUGCUGGGAAGUAGCCUCCCUCCUGGGGAAAACACCACUGGAAUCUUCAGAAAGCCUCUCUGGCCACAGCAGUAGAGGGAGGGAAGAUUUCCCUGAAGAAUCUGUAGCAGGCAAUUUUUCAAUGCUUUUCUGAACGUAGUGAUCACCUUCACAUUCCAGCAUUGCUCAGAGUCACAUGGUCCAAGAAAAUAGUAAUCAGAGUAAUAAAGAGCUCUGGAGAUCUUGUGAAUCAAAGAUGUCUGAAAAUGCACAUCCAGACCAGAAUGUAUCAUCAAAAGCAGAAGCUGUGCUGCCCGCUACCAAAGUAUUGCUGCCCUCCAUCCCAGCAAUGCUGCCCCCCACCAAAGUAUUGCUGCCCCCCACCAAAGUAUUGCUGCCCCCCACCAAAGUAUUGCUGCCCCGCACCCCAGCCAUGCUGCCCACUACCAAAGUAUUGCUGCCCCCCACUUCAGCAGUACUGUCCCCCUCUGCAGCAAUGCUGCCCCCCAGCAAGGUACUGCUGCCCCUCACCAAAGCAGUUCUAAACUCCACCUCAGCACACCAAACAGCCUUGCCCGCUUCAACCCAAGGGCAAGGAGCCCUCUGUCCCAAAGUGCCCACACCCUCAGCAGUGCCAGAAGUCCAAGCAGAAGUAAACCCCAGGCAUGGGCCAGAGGCCAAGCUCCCUGCAGAACAGAGACCAUGAAGCCCACUCCCCUGUCUCAGCCAGCCAGCUGUCAGCACCACUCACCCCCGGCUUCUGGAGGCAGCCACACUUGUGGAAAAGGCAGCACCAGGAUGGGAGCUUCCUGGAUCAACAUUUCUUAUUAAUUAGCAGCUGUAAUUUCCAUUUAGAAAAGGAUCUGGUUGUAAACCGUCUAAUCUUCUUUGUUGACUUGUAUACUUUGCCCUGUUGGCUGCCUGGAAACUUAAGCAGCGUGCCCGACCACGUUUUCCUAGCAAACUUCGUCUCUGCUCCAGUUUUUCAAACAAUUAAACACAAUUCUGUUGGCA